AAUUACUUUGAACUCUCAUCCCGCAUAUACUAAAUAACGUUCUAUAUUUGCAACAGACAGAUGAAUUCAUCCAUAGCUUUUAUUGAAUUUAUUUUGUUGGUGUUCUUUUAUCCUUCAACGGAAUCUUGCAAACCAAAUGCUGAUGGACAGUUUACUAGUCUGGAGUUGGGCAGUGCUUCUAAUGUUACCGCUGUAGUUGGCAGUGAUAUUUACUUUAUUUGUUGUGGUGGUUUACGGUGGACAUAUGAAGUAGAAGAUGAUUACACAAGUCGAGAGAUUGGACCACAUCCAUAUGCUUCUAUUGGUUCAAGCAAAUCACCACCCGACUUGAAUUUUGAUGACAAUCUGUCUCCAAGUUCCAGCAGUAAUAUGAAAGAUUCUACAAACUUACAAAACACAGUGCCAACCACAGUAUACACGAUGCAUGAUGAUAAAGGUCGGUUAAUACUACGUAUAGAUAAUGUUGAUGUACAAGAUAUGGGACACUAUAAGUGUCAUGGUCACACCACAAGUUUAGAUGCAUAUCUAGUGGUGGUCGACAAGAACUAUCCCGAAGAACCGCACAAUAAAACAUUGCCAAAUGUCGGAAGUAUGCUACCACAUUAUAUGAUGUUCUCGUCGGACCAACUUAAUAACGUCAAACUAAUUUGUCCAUUGGUUGGAAAACAAAAAGUUAAAUCCUGGCUAUGGCGUGAACCAGUACUACCAAGUUCAACAGAAUAUGCUCAAUUACCACAAGGUCGACCACCAAGUCGUACUGUUACAGCUAUAAAACCAGGUUUACAUGAAGGUAAACAUGUAGAAAUUGGUUCAGAUUUGUCAUGGGCACGUAUUGUUGAUCCUUUAUCACCGGAAGCCCCGAUUAAAUUAUGGUGUCAAUUUACAAUGCCCACUCCAUGGGUUAAUAAAGAUCCAAUUAUUGCAUACUAUGAAAUUGAUUGGGAAUUAUAUGAACCAAUUUCACCGCAAAUUUAUAUUCUACCAGGUGAUAAAGAGUUUAACUUUGAAGACAUAAAUCAAAAUCUCUCAAAAUCUAUUCUACCUAAUCAACAAUUAAUAAAUCAAGAUCAACAUGCAACAAUUGCUCAUAGUAUUAAUGCACAAAUUGAUGAAUCUAUUAAGUUGGCUAAUUUGAAAAGCCCAAAUAAAUCAAUAUUAUUAGAGAAUAAACCAGCUCGUAUCGCGUGUCGAUUUCGUUCGAUUCCAUUAACUGGUAUACCAAAUUCACAAUCAAAUUCAUUGAGAAUACAAAAUGUUUAUUGGUAUCGUAAUGGCCAAUCAGUUCAUGUUCCACCAUUCUAUGUUGAUAAUUCAUUAAUUACUCCAUAUGGUUUAUCAAUUUUAUCUGUUCGUGCCUAUCCAACUAUAUUUAAUUUUAGUCAAAUUGGUGAUGAGAAAUCAUCAACAGUAACGGCGGUUGGAAGUAGUGAUAAAUAUAAAUUACCUAUUGAACAUUUAACUUGUUCCGUAAUAAGUCGAGUGAAAGAAACACCAAUUUACAAGGUUACAACAAAUGCAAGUCUACAAACUGAAAUCAUUCUUGUUCCACGUAUAAUACAUACAGAGUUAUUAUCAGCUGAAAGAAGUUUAGAAGAUGCAAUUAAAUUGACCUGUACAGCUAUAGCGAAUGGACCACCAAAUAUGCGUAUUGAUUUUGCUUCAACAGAUCAACCAUCUACAAAUAAUGGUCCGACUCAAUGGGAAUCAUUAAAAUCACGAUAUGGAUUAAAUAUAAGACCAAGACAAGUUGAUCCAAAUAAUCCAUUAAUACAUCGUCUCGUAAUUGAUAUUUCUGAUCUUAAACGUAGUGAUCAUGGUGUUUAUCGAUGUACAGUUUGGAAUCAAGCUGGUGAAGCACAAGCAAUCGGACAUGUUUUAGUACAUUCUGAACCACAAUUAGAAUUAAUGUCAUUUGGGUAUAAUUAUUUUCUAGGCCAUAAACCAUGGAAAGCAUCAUGUGUUGUAAAAGGUUAUCCAUUGGCAGGACAAUAUACAAAUAACAGUCAGAUUAACCAACAUAAGAAUCGUGAACAAUCCAUUGAAACAAAUGAUUCAAUCAUCACUGGAAAACAAACUGCUGAUAAAGAUAAUGGUAUUCGUGGAUUAGGACAUACAGAUCAUAAUCAACAAUCAAAUUCUAACAGUGUAACAUCAUCAAUAAGAAUGAAAAUUUUCAAUAUAGAAGGAGAACCAUUAGAUCGUGUAGAAAUUAAUCAAAUUGAUUAUAAAUCAGGAAAAUUCACCGGAAUUAAUGCCACUUAUGAAAUUCAUAUGAAUCAACGUUAUGGACGUGAAGCUAUUGUACGCUGUGAAUAUACACAUACAGAUAAUAGAACAAUUUAUCGUGAAACAUUUCUACGUGAAGCAACAAAACCAACUGCACCAAAUAUUACUGUUUUAUGUACUGGUCCACGUGCAAUUGUAUUCGGAAUAACAAAUCCCAAAUUAAAACCUGACAAUAUGCCUACAGAACGUAUUGUUACACAAAAGGUUAUAUUUGCACCUGCAAAAACAUUUCACUUAUCAUCUACAUUGGCAAGUUUAUCAGUUUAUUUAGAUUCAGAAGGACAACCGUCUGCAUCACCAGCUAAUGAUAAUGAUCCAUUAGAUAGAACUAUAUUAAAUUCAAUUAGUGCGCAACCACAAACUGCUGUUAUACCGGUGAAAAAUUUAAUACCAGAUACAGAAUAUGUAUUUGAAUGGUCAUCUGGUAAUGAAUUCGGUUUAAGUGUAAUGAUACAAUUUACUUUAUGGACUAAAAAACUUGAAACUGCACCAACAAUUAAAAAUAUUGUAUUCUUGAGUCCUACAUCUCAAUAUCUUCGAUUUUCUACAUUUCUGGGUGAUCCAUGCCCAUAUGAAGGUGGUGCAAGACCAGAACUAUCAGAUUUAUUAGUUAGAUAUCGUUUAGCUAAAUCUAAUUCUACUUAUGAUCCAACACAAUUAAUUGGUUAUGGAGAUUGGUCUGAUGUGGAAGUUUGUAAAAAUUUAGCUUCAGCAUCAACACUUGAUAUAAAUUAUUCAAAUAAUAAUCAAAAUGAUAAUAUUGAAAAUUUUAAUGUUGUUGGUACAGAAGAAGAUGAAUAUACUGGCAUUAAAUGGGCUGGUGAUAAUCCAAUACCAUGUGAAAUACCAGUACCAGAUACCCAAGUAAUUUAUGAAAUUGAAGUUGCGACAAGAAAUCGAUUUGAAAAAUCUGAUUGGUUCAAAACAUUCUAUCGUCCAAAUGCUGUUGUAUCAGCUGCAUUAUUCUGUUAUCCAAAAUGUUCAGCUAUUAUGUGUAAUCUUUCUGGCAUAUUCAUAAUUCUAAUAUUUCUAUGCUCAUUUAUUCAUUAUUUAUAACAAAAUGAGGCGACUCUAUUCAACUUUUGAUGUUAAUUCCAUGUAUUCAAAAGAAAGACAACAAAAAUAAAUGUCAUCAGUCUCAAAUACACUUACAUUGUCCAAUUAUACAUGAGUGUAUUCAAGAAGUGGUAAUGUUCCUUUUUGUUUUUGCAUCAAGUUCAUUUUUGAAUAUUUCAAACAUAAACCUUUUUUUUAAAAAAAAACUGUAUUUCAAGCAUUUAAUUUUGAGAAGAAAAAAAAGAAAGGAAAAGUACCCAAAAUACCGAAACAAAUAAAAUUCAUUUAUCAUGUAAAAUAUAAAAACUCACCUGAAAUAGUUCUAUAUAAGGGAAUCAGCAUUCUUUAUGUUAAGCAUUUAUUUUAUCUAUAUUAAGCAUGCUAAUUUUAACCAAAAAAAAUAAUAAUAACCCCUUGAAAAUUUUAAUUUAUUCUUAUUUUUUAACCAGAGUUCUUUUUUUUUGUUGUUUAGCGUAUCUUUUAUCAUUUACCAUUAUUAUUAGUAUAGUUGAGCAACUGUUUCAUUUUUUUUGUAUAGAUAAGAUUUGAGUAAUAAACAUUUAACUACUGACUAGUAGUAUGGAUCAUUGAAGUAAAUUUAUAAGUAGUUAUUAAAAGUUUCUGUUUGGUAACUGGAAAAUCCAUGUCAUUUUUGUUCUUGGUCUUUUUGUUUUUUGGAAAAAAAAUUGCAAGUAUAAAUGAUUGAUAUCAUUGUUUAUUCACUUUCUUAAGCUCCAGGAUUAUUUUUCUCGCUUUAUGCAUAACUUUUCGUGAACUCUUUCUUAUUGAAAUGUACUCUGAUUAUGGGUAAUCCUAGAGUUAGCAUAAUAAAAAUAUUUCAAUUUUUUAGUCAUAUUGCAUUAAAUUCAUCAAAUUUAUGAAUUGCCAAGCAGUUUUAUUCUUUAUCUUUGUAGUCAAUGAUUAAGAAUAAAUGAAAUAAGUAGGAACUAUAAAACAAUCGUUCCUGAAUAUGUAUUUAAAUAAUUGAAUUAACUAACAUGUACAGUCGUACUAAACAACUAAAGUACAAUAGAAAUGACUAAACGAAGUUGAACUGAAAUGAUGUUUCUUUAAUGUAGAUGAGUGUGUAUUGAUGUUUA